AUGCUGAACCCGUCGCAGCCCGGUUGCGCACCUUUCAAGGUCCUGGUGGUCGGGGGUUCCUAUGCCGGGUUGGCCGCCACGCUGAACCUGCUCGAUCUCUGCCAGGGUCGUCGCCGUCGCUUCUCGUUGGACCCGGCUGAUGAGGGGCCUCAACUGACGGUCCCGGUGCAGAUUACCAUAGUGGAUGAACGGGAUGGAUUCUAUCAUUUAAUCGGCGUGCCGCUGGCCAUUGCCUCCGAGGACUACGCGCAUCAUAUCUGGAAGACAUUCGAUGACAUUCCCGCUCUGCAGACUACCGAAAUCCGGCGCAUCCAGGGACGAGUCGUCAAUGUCGACUGCGAGACCAAAACUGCUCGUAUUGAGGACAUCACAAAAGGGGGGACGGUGACCGAAGAGAAAUACGACUAUUUGAUCGCAUGUUCUGGCCUGUGGAGGGACUGGCCCAGUGCACCCAAGUCUGUUACUCGACACGACUACAUAGCCGAAGCGACGCAGUGGGUAGAAGAUGUCAAGAACGCGACGCAGGGAGUCGUCAUCAUUGGGGGAGGCGCCGUGGGAGUCGAGAUCGCGACGGAGAUCAAAAUGAUGCAACCCCAAGUCAAAGUCACUCUCAUUCACUCGCGCUCCAAGUUACUCUCCUCGGAACCCCUCCCGGAUGAGUUUAGCACCAAGACGCUCGCGCGCCUUCAGUCAGAUGUAGAAGUAAUUCUUGGCGUGCGAGUACAGCAAACUACCGCCCACGAGAGCAACGGGGCUGGCGUGGCAUCCGGAUACACGCUGACGCUCUCGGAUGGCCGACAGCUGCAGACAAGCCAUGUUAUCAACGCCGUGUCGGGGUUCUCGCCCACGACAUCUUACCUUCCAGACGCCGCCUGUGACGAAGAAGGCUACGUAUACAUCACGCCGCAACUGGACUUCGCUGGCGAUGUUCCUAACGCAGGAGACCACUAUGCAGCGGGAGAUGUGGUUCACUGGUCGGGAAUUAAGCGCGGAGGAGCGGCAAUGCAUCAAGGUCACUAUGCCGCCUUUAAUAUCCACCAGAAAAUGUACGCACAGCUCUACGGGUCUGAGAUCAACGUGCUAGAUCUGGCAGAGGUGCCGCCCAUGAUGGCGCUGGCGCUGGGGAAGCAGGCGGUGGGUUACUUCCCAACGACGGGGCUCUCGGAGGGGAACGAAGUGCUGAAGACCUUUUUUGGUGACGAUUUGGGAUUCAUGAUUUGUUGGAACUGGAUGCGGCUAGGAGAAGCACCGCCGGCAUGA